CCCUCUACCCUAUCUCUCUCUUUGAAUCCCUCAAGCUCCACCCCCUCUUCUUCCCCCCUCCCCUCUCUCGACUCCACCCAUCUCUCUAUCCAUCUCUCUCGUUGAAUAUCUCAAGCUCCACCCAUCACUCUACCGACCUCUGUCUCUGAAUAUGUGAAUCUCUGUUUUCGUCAUCUAACUCAAUAGAUUUCUCUUGCUCUCUCUUUGGUGAAGAAGAAGAAGUAGAAGAAGAGGAACAACAUUGGUAUCUUUUUAUCUCUUUCUUCCUUUCUCUCCAGAAUAGUUAAGCAUCAAUUUAAUAAAAUGGCAUCACUAUCAGCAGCAUGGCUAUACCAAGAUAAAACAAUGAGGGGUUUGAUUUCUGGUGAUGGAUCUGUUGUUGGAAAAUCUUGCUAUCCACAUUUUCAGACUUCCUUUGUAGGUUCAUUUCCAGCAAGAAAGCCACAAGCUAGUGUUACAUCGAACACCGAAAGGAGAGGCAGUUGUCUCCCUUGUAUAAAGUGUGAAAAGAAGGAUGAUCAUAUUGACCGUUUCUCUGUUGAGCGUCCCCCAUAUUACAGUUAUAUGGAUUCCACAUCUGGACAGAUCGAACCAGCCUCAGGUGCUCGUGCAAGCAUACCUGGGCAGGAGUACUGGCCCGAAGGCACUGCCAGCCGAGUGAGAGCUGCAAGGGCUCCAGCACCGGCAGGGAAGUCAGAAGGGGAGCCUUCAUAUGGGAAAAAACCUGGUAGCAGAAGGAAGAGACAUAAGGAACGUCAAGCUGCCUCGGGAUCUUCAGAUCAGAUUGUAGUUUCGACUGAUCCACCGGCACUUGAAACUUCUGAUGACACAUCUGAGGAGCCUAAAGAUGUCUCCAGCGAAUAUGUUGUUUAUCAGACAGAACCAGAGGAAGAGAACUUCAGCCCUUUUGAAUUAGACAAGAAAUUAGGACGCCCUCACCCCUUUAUCGAUCCAAAAGUGAAGAAGCCAAUAGAGAACACUCUUUCGAGUGAAGAGCUGUGGUGGAAUUGGCGAAAACCUGACAAGGAACAAUGGUCAAGGUGGCAAAGGAGGCGGCCAGAUGUCGAAACGGUGUUUGCCAAGGCUAUGGCCGAGACGGGGCAAAUAAAGCUUUAUGGUGACCAUCCAACACUAACUGAAACUGCUCUUGUAAGGGCAAGACGACAUGUAUUCAAGGAGGAAAGGCUAAAAGCGGAACAGGAGAGACUGGAAAAAAUCGGUCCAAUGGCAUACUACUCGGAAUGGGUUAAAGCAUGGAAGAGGGAUACUUCACGUGAGGCUGUGCAAAAACAUUUUGAAGAGACUGGUGAAGACGAGACCACCCAACUGAUCACGAUGUUCCAGCAUCAAACGGAUAGAGAAUAUCGCAUCAUGAUGGGCACCGAUGUCCGCAUCCGCAGGGAUCCUUUGGCAAUGCGAAUGCGAGAGGAUCAAAUAAAGGAAAUAUGGGGUGGUGAUCCAGUUUAUCCAACAAUUAAUUACAUUCAAGAUCCAAAUGAAGUGAUUGACUAUAGGGGUGCAAAUUUUCAUGAACCGACACCCAACAUGCUGUCUUAUCUUAUGGAGCAUGGGAAAAUGAUAUCAAGGAAAGAUCUUGAGCAAAUAUUGGCCAGAGAAAAGACGGAACAACUCGAGCAGAUCUCUGAUAUGGACGAAGCCAUGGCACAAGCAGUUGAUAUUGGAGAAAAUGAUGAUGAAGGAGAGGAUAGCGACAUCGAAGGUGAAGAUGGAACUGAGGAGAAAAUUACACGCAAUUGGAGUGUUGUAAAGACUACCCCUCAGCUCCGCAACUCAAAGGAGAAAAGGAAGAAAGAAGAUCCCUUGACAUUGGAAGAGGCUGUAGAUGAUUCAGAGAACUUGACUGAUUUCCUUUUGGACUUCGAUGAAGAUCAGUAAACAGUCUUCAUGCUUCUCAUGGCAAGCGAUGGGGACACUUGGAUGGUUCUUGUAAGCUAAUCAUAGCCUUAGAAACUGAAUAUUUUUUCCAAUCGGCAUUGUAGUUGUUUUGACAAGCUCUGCUUAGUUCACACACACCUCUACCACCGAUCUGGCAGGACGUGUGGGACUUUUGAGUAACGUCGGCAUAUUCAUUAGGCAUGUGUACAUGGAAUGUAGACCACUGGUAGUUCCUUUA